AUGGCCGAAAAGAAUGACCAUCCUGGCACAGGACCCAAGAGACGAGCUCCUCACAAAAAGGUCCGGACUGGGUGUGUCACCUGCAAGAUCCGAAGAGUACGCUGCGAUGAAGCAAAACCUGAGUGUCACCGAUGUCUCUCGACUGGGCGCAAAUGCGAUGGCUACGCACCCGCGUCUGGGUCGACCAAGAGAGACACGGCAGACUCGCACCCAGCUGCCGACUCUAGACUUGUCCUGCCGCCAAAGAAUCUUGAAGAGAUAAGAAGCUAUCGUUUCUUCAUGGAAGUCACCGCUCCAGCUAUUGCCACCACCUUUGACUCUGAGUUUUGGCGGCUGGAGCUUCCGAGGAUAUGUCAAUCCGACCCAGCCAUCUGGCACGCCGCCGUCAGCUUCGGGUGCGUCCAUGAGAGCUACCUGUCUGCAUCCCCGGAUCAACACGCCAAGAGCACCUUUGCUGUGCAGCAGUUUAAUGCCUCUGUCAAAUGUCUAACGGCCCCAACCUAUACUGACAGAUGGAGAGCCCUCGUCGUCAGCGCAAUCUUUACGUGCGUCUGCCAUUUUGAGGGACUUCAAGACCAGGCUCGCAUCCAUCUCAGAGCUGGCUACAAGCUGCUCCAAGAGAUUCAGCAGGAAGAAGAAGCCCUAGGGAAUCGGAAGAGUCGACCGAGUUCGUCAUCCGAGCCAGCAGCAAGCAUCAGCCCGAUAUCACUGUCAUCCAUUAGCUCCAUUCUCACGGGCUUCCAGAUCUCGGAUCAGGCACUCAGUCGGGGAGGCAUCUCAGACGUGCCGAUGCUGAUAUCAAGGCAUGAUAGCUUCACUGAGUGGCGGACGUACACGGCACCGUCCAAGACGCCAUACCUUACAAUCGAGAACCUGACGCGGGCUAGUCGGGCAUCCGAGUCGUUGUUGAAUGGGCUCGUAUUCUUCAUGCAGAGGCACGCUAACCAGAUCAAGGACAUUUUCCUUGGUACUGGCGAUGUGGGUUUGAUGGAGUCAAUUGCCUUAAAACAGGAGCCUGAGAUUCGUUGUUUUGCUGAGAUCUCCCGUGCCAUCCAGUCAUUCCAGGUGCAUGUCAGAGAAGCCGAGGCAUCGGACUAUCUCGCAGACUCCUGGGUCAACAGAACGCUGCUUACUUUGAAGCUAUACCAGGGAACUAGCCGCUUCAUCCUCUUGAAAGACCCAGACGAACCUGACCUGGUAAAGAGACAAGCGGGGUUGCCUGCGGCUGGUAUGAGACUUAUCGAACUGGCAGAGGAGAUCCUCAACCUCAGCGGAGAGAGUCACGACAAGCUUCUGGUACCGAGUCCUCCAACGUCUACCCCUCUAUUCAUCCUCGCCCACUCUGGGCUCACACAGCAGAUCCGGCGACGUGCGAUUAAGCUCCUCAAGCGGCCAAAAAUGGUUGGCAUGUGGGACACCGUCCUGUCUGCGAGGAUUGUAGAAGCCAUUAUGGAAAGGGAGAAGUCGGCCGCAUACGAGGACCAGUUGAGAAGGGUGGAAGAGGGGACUCUGGCGCCAGAGAUGAUGGAUAGGGAUGCCGACUCACCGGUAGAGCCUUUGCAUCGCAUUUUCAACAUGACCUUGGUCAUGGAGGGCAGGAGGAGAGCCAGGCUAUCGUUGAGGACUUGGCAGGACUGGAUACGGGGACAAGCCGGCGAGCAGAGAGUGAUAGAAUGGUAA